AUGGCCGAGUCCCAGGAGACUCCUCAAGCGUUUGAACAUAGCACAAGUGCGCCUUUGUUGCCGCACUUGCAACAGCAACAACAGUUACAGCAGGAGCACUCGAAAAUAGACUAUGAACAAGAGGCGAAAAAACUAGAAGACAAAGCGAUUCGUUUCCUUGCUAAACAAGCUCAUCCAGUUAUAAUUCCAUCUUUCUCGUCCUGGUUCUCGUUCAGUGACGUGCACGAAAUCGAACGCCGGAUGCUCCCUGACUUUUUUGACGAUUCGUCGAGGUUCAAGACCGAAAAGGCGUACUGCGACGUGCGGAAUUUCAUGGUCAACACUUACAGAUUGUCACCUUACGAAUACUUGACCGUGACCGCGGUAAGACGUAACGUUGCAAUGGACGUCGCUUCAAUUGUCAGGAUUCACGCAUUUCUGGAACAAUGGGGGCUCGUCAAUUACCAGGUAGAUCCAAGAUCUAAACCCUCGUUGCUUGGCCCUAGCUUCACAGGGCAUUUUCAGAUCGUACUCGACACACCACAAGGCUUGAAGCCAUUUGUUCCUAGUCAAGUGAUUAAGUCAGGAGAGCAGAAUGACCAGCAAGAGCAGAAUGAACAAUCAGUUGAUAAAAACGACCUUUCAGCGCAAGAGGAGGUUAAAACCGACUUUGAACAGCCUUCAGACGAAAUGGAAACGGCUCCCGAUCUACCUUUUCACGCUUCUGAAACGGUCGUAGAGGCGACGCCUUCAGACGCUACGAUCAAGCAAGAACCCAAGCCCGAGGUUGAAUUUAUACAGCCAGAAAAGUUCCCUGUCAACCUCUCGCUUCGCAAGAAUAUCUAUUGCAACGCACAAAACUUCAAUUCGUUGCAAACUGAUUCUCAACAAUCGAAGCAAAUUAACAGAACUUAUAUUUGUCACACCUGCAGUAACGAUUGUGUUGGAAUACGCUACCACAACUUGAGGUCCAGAGACACGAACAUAUGCUCUCGCUGUUUUCAAGAAGGUCACUUCAGUGCUCAUUUCUCCUCUUCAGACUUUCUGCGCCUCGAAAAUCAGUCUCAGACGAAGAGACAGUGGUCCGAUCAAGAAGUCCUGUUGCUACUUGAGGGUAUAGAAAUGUACGAAGACCAGUGGGAUCGCAUUGUGGACCAUAUUGGAGGCUCUAAAACUCUUGAGGCCUGUGUAGAAAAAUUUCUAACGCUGCCGAUCGAAGACAAAUACAUUGAUGAAGUUACGCCGGCACCAAAGACGUACACCUCAGAGAGAACUUCACCGGAAGUGACGGAAACUGUGGACGCUGCGGUUCAAAUUUUGUUAAAAGGUUUGGAUAAUAAAUUGCUCAAUGAAGCUGUACCAAAGUCUGCGCAACAAAUUUCAGAAAAAUACCUGCAUGAAGCCCAAUUAAUUGUCCAAGACCUUGUCAAGCUUACACUAGAGAAAGUUGAUCUUAAGUUUCAAAAGCUCAACUCUGUCGAAUCUACCCUUAUUGAGGAGAAAGAAAAAUUUAUAAAGGAAUCGGAGAGGCUCUUAAGCGAGCGCCAAUCUUUGAGCAAGCAGGUCACCGAAUUGAAUGAAGAGUUGGCCAAACUCAACGUUUCCAAAAAACUCAUAAUGUUGUCAGAACAAGCUGACUCUGGUAUCAAGCUGGUCGAAAAAGACGAAGAAGCUCAAAACAAAAAUAGGCUAGUCGCGGGUCUUGACGAGCUUCAUAGUGUCUCUCACGUCGAACCCCAGCAGUAUAAAUCUUGGUCAUUGGCCUAA